GAUCAUCGCCAUUAGCAUCAAAUCAAUCAACUCACUCUUAAACUCAUCAAAAGAUUCCAAAGACAUCUUAAUUCGAGAAUGAGUGGAUCUUCCUCGAGAGCAGCCACCUCCGCCGCCAGUGAUGGAAACUACAAACUGAAGAUAGAAGAAUACGGUGGCGGCAAGGGACCAGUCCGGUGGACUUUUAAGGAGGAUUCGUGCAUUGCGAGAGUAGAUAUUCCGGGUUGUAAAGUAUAUCCUCCAGACAGCACCUACGAAUACACACAAACCCACUUUGGAUUUUCCAUACCAGAAGAAGCCAUGGACCAGAACGACCACUCCGGACGCAAAUACUUCGGCUUUGUGAAAUUUGACCCAGAGAUUUACGAUGUGGUGAACGCUAAGAUUAAGUUUCGCAAUGGUGUAUUAUGGGUCACCGCUCCUAAGUACCACCAAGGUUAAUUAAUCAAGAAGAAGAGUGAACGUUUGCUGCUUCAUUACGUCGUAUUAAAACUAGAAUAAUACAGAUCUGCAUGGUCGGUACCAUCCCGUGUUGUCAGGGUUAAUUAAUUUCUCUUAAAUAAUCGGUGUGUCUAGUCUAUUGUUAGGGUUUCAUCUAUAUGGUGUGUCUCGUUAUCUGUUUAACCCAGCAAGCUUGUUUAUCUUUCAUGGUUGUGUUAAACUCUUCUACUUGUUUUAUUUUAUAUAAUCAAUAAAAAAUUUAUAUUAAGCGUAAA